UACAUUAUAAAGUAAUUCAGUAUAAUAAGCCACGCCAUGUAUUUUCGAAAUGGCACUUUUUUCCUGAAUAGGUUUGGACAGAAAGUGUGCCAUGUUGUUCAAUGUAAUGUUUCUACGUCUAUCAAGUCAUCGUAUGAUGCCCUUGUUAUAGGAGCAGGACACAAUGGGUUAGUGGCGGCAGCGUACCUGCAGAAAGCUGGGCUUGAUGUUUGUGUGGUUGAGAGACGCCAUGUUAUAGGAGGCGCUGCUGUAACAGAAGAGAUUAUCCCUGGUUUUAAGUUCUCAAGGGCGUCAUAUUUAUUGAGUUUGUUUCGGCCACAGAUAAUGACAGAUUUAGAGCUAAAGAAAUAUGGAUUAAAAGUGUAUCUUAGGAAUCCAAGCUCUUACACCCCUCUCAUCGAACCGGGAGGACUCAAUGGUAAAACUACUUCACUGACUUUAGGCAUGGAUGAACAAAUAAACCAACAACAAAUAGCACAGUUUUCAACCAAAGAUGCCAAGAAGUUUGUUCUAUAUGAAGAUAUGUUAUCAAGAUUUGUAAGUUGUAUAGAACCACUGUUAGAUCGACCACCAAUUAACUUACCUGGUCCAUCUACGGCGUCUUGGUCUGAAAGAAGAGGCGAUCUCGUUACAUCUUAUUCAUUUUUAUCAAUGUUGAAGAAGAUCAGAAAAGAUAUACCAGACCUUUAUGAAUUACUUACAGCACCAGCACAGAAGGUUUUAGAUAAAUGGUUUGAAUCGGAACCAUUGAAAGCAACUUUGGCUACUGAUUCUGUGAUUGGUGCCAUGUUGAGCCCUAAUAGUCCUGGAAGUGGGUACGUGUUAUUGCAUCAUGUUAUGGGGGAACUAGAGGGCGUUAAAGGCGCGUGGGGAUACGUUGAAGGUGGAAUGGGAGGAGUUUCCAAUGCUAUAGCAAAUUGUGCCAAAGAUCACGGAACGACGAUUUUAACUGACAAGACUGUAAAGGAAAUAAUUAUAGAUAACAAUGAAGUAAAGGGAGUAGGGUUACAAGAUGGUACAGAAAUAAAAUCUAAAAUGGUUCUAUCUAAUGCCACAGCUAAAGUCACCUACCUAGAUCUAGUUCCACAGGCGUGUUUACCUACAUAUCUGACAUCAGCAGUAAAACAGAUAGAUUAUAAAUCACCAGUAACAAAAAUCAAUGUUGCUGUGAACAGAAUUCCAAACUUUACUGCAGAUCCCAAUACUACUGCUGAUUCUGUGAUGCCACACCAUAGAUCAACCAUCCAUAUCAAUUGUGAAGAUAGUCUUUUAAUUCACAGGGCUUUCAUUGAUGCUCAAAAUGGUCAUUAUUCAAAGCUACCUGUAAUAGAAAUGGUAAUACCUUCUAGUUUAGAUCCCACCAUUGCUCCACCGGGUAGCCAUGUUGUUUUAUUAUUUACUCAAUAUACACCAUAUACUCUAGCUGAUGGCAGACAGUGGGAUACACAGACCAAAGACGAAUAUGCUGAUUUAGUAUUUGAAUGUAUCGAAAGAUAUGCCCCUGGAUUUACAAAUAGUGUUAUUGGUAGAGAUAUUCUCACACCACCAGAUUUAGAAAGUAUUCUAGGAUUAACAGGAGGGAAUAUAUUUCACGGAGCUAUGUCUCUUGACCAGCUUUAUUUCGCAAGACCAUUGUCUGAUAUAUCUAAUUACAGAUCAUCAGUGUCCGGUCUUUAUUUGUGUGGAAGUGGUUCCCAUCCUGGUGGGGGUGUGAUGGGUGCCCCGGGUCGAUUAGCGGCAGAAAAAGUUCUGGCUGAUUUCAAGAAAUUGAGGAAAUGAAAUUUGGCCAAUUUAUGUUUCGUCUAGGAAAUGUUUAUUGUAUUUACACAGACUAAUAAAAUACCUCCUCCGUCUUAUAUUUUAAUAUAGUAACACGGUUACACCAAUCAUGUAAUAUUGAUUCUAGAUUACAUAGGCUAGGACCUUCCUUUAGGUUGUCAUGCAUUUACUAUAUUGGGAGCCGUGCUCGAGACGCCAAGCAACACCAACAAUAUGUUUGUAUGACCCCAUUAAUUAUAUAACUUUUAUUUUCUAAAGGUGACCGUCUUAGGAUAGAAAAAUGUCUCCUCCAAAUUUCCACAAACAUGAUUAUGCUUUCAUAGAAUCCAGACAAUUUAACCAAAACAAGUUUUGAAAGCUAAAUGCUGUUACAGACUACUCGAUUGUUAAAGUUAAAGAGAGCGACAGCACUCAUCUUUCAUUGAGUAAUUCAAAGGUCCGACAAAUCUAUAUUUUAUUACUGUGUUCAGAAACUAACGAAAUGAAAUAUUUCGAACAGUCCGAUCCCUCGUUGUAUUAAAGACCCAUUAAUUCAAUCACUUAACAUACAUACAGACAGUUUGAUGAUCGAAAUAAAUAGAGAAAA